AUGUCGGACCGAACGACUCCAGAGUCCCGACCUUUCAAAUGUGAAGCGUGCGGGAAAGGAUUCCACCGCAUGGAGCACAAACGUCGUCAUAUCAGAACCCAUACCGGUGAAAAACCGCAUCUUUGCAAUUUCCCUGGCUGCAGUAAACGCUUCAGCAGAAGCGACGAACUCAAAAGACAUCUGAGAACGCAUGUCAGCACUACACGACGCAAAGGACGCAGCGGACCCAAAGGACUCAACUCCAACGGUUCUUCGUCCUCCUUUUCGUCCUCAAUGGCCUCGUCUGCCAUUCCCAUACAGCAACAGCACCCCGUGGUCAUUCACCAACUCCCUCUCAUACACGCUCCCACAGCCACCACUAUGGGAGCCCUUCCAACCAUAGUAUCACCGCUGAUAUCACCAGCGGUAUCGCCCGUGGUAUCGCCAGUUAUGUCGCCGUUUGUGAAGUCUACAGCGUCGUCCAUGAGCUCUAUCUUUUCGCACGACGCCGCGCCCACACCGCUGGCGUCUUCCCCGGAUAUAAAGACCUCCUAUAAACUGCCUUGCAUACCGAUGGCAUCGCCUCACAACUCAGCACUAUCAACGCCUGCUGGCAUAGACCGGUCCCGACUUUUGCCCACACCAGAAGUACACAUCAAGGGCCGUAAUGCUAAGCGUGCCAAGUUCCAGCUCACGGACGACGACGACAGCGAUCCCGGUCAGCAGCCUGCUACAGAAGUACGGUUACCACCGUUGCGGUGCAUAUUAGAUAACAUCCAGGCAUUUAAGGAGCGCGAUUGA